AUGGCAAAUCGCUUCGUUCGGUCCUCCAAAUAUCGGCACGUGUUUGGUCGGUCGACCCGGAAGGAACAAUGCUAUGACAAUGUGAGAGUGUCGAAGAAUGCCUGGGACACGAAUCUCGUCAAGGCCAACCCGGAAUACCUCUCGGUCAAUUGGGAUAGUAGUGGUGGCGGCGCAUUCGCUGUCAUUCCUGUAAACGAACGAGGUCGACUGCCAGAAAGGAUACCCUUAUUUCGAGGACACACUGCCGUCGUACUAGACACUGACUGGAACCCUUUCAAUGACUCUCUGAUAGCCUCUGGCUCCGAUGACGGCAAAGUCUUUCUGUGGAGAGUUCCCGACGAUUUCACGCUUCAUCUUGAUGUUCCCGCGGACGAGGUUAAGGAUAUUGCUCCAGUGGGCAAGCUGAGCGGUCACCCGAAGAAAGUCGGUCAUGUCCUGUUCAACCCCGCCGCCGAGAACGUUUUAGCAUCCGCCGCUGGAGACUUCACCGUCAAGAUAUGGGAUAUCGAGUCUGGCAAUGCUAAACUCAACUUGAAGGUUGGCGAGGUCAUUCAAUCCAUGUCUUGGAGCGCGAACGGAUCUCUCCUGGUCACCACAUCUCGGGAUAAGAAAUUGCGAAUAUGGGAUACGAGACAGGAGAAGCCAGCUCACGAAGUUGCAGGACAUGCAGGUGCCAAAAACAGCCGAGCCGUAUGGAUGGGUGAGCACGACAGAAUCGCGACGACGGGAUUUUCCAGAAUGAGUGAUCGACAACUAGCUCUUUGGGAUGUACGAGCCCCUGAACAGCCCGUCGAUGGUUUCCAAAUGCUCGACUCGAUCUCUGGCGUUUGCAUACCUUUCUGGGAUGACGGCACUCAGUGCUUGUACCUCGCCGGCAAAGGUGAUGGCAACAUCCGCUACUACGAAUACGAACACGAUAAAUUCGAGUAUCUGUCGGAGUACAAGUCCGCCGAUCCGCAGCGUGGAGUUGCCUUUGUCCCUAAAAGAGGCGUCAACAUGCACGAAAACGAAGUGAUGCGAGCUUAUAAAACUGUCAACGACACCUACAUCGAGCCGAUCUCGUUCAUUGUGCCUCGACGAGCAGAGACAUUCCAGGAAGAUAUAUACCCACCUACGGUAGGACUGAAACCAGCCAUGAGUAGCAAGGAAUGGUUCGGAGGAGCCGAAGGUUUACCCCCCAAGAUCUCCAUGGAAAGCCUGUAUGAAGGGCAAGGGGUCAAGGAGGUCCCUUCAGACGCACCAACACCCGCAAAGAAGGCUCCUGAACCGAUCAAAGCGCCUGAGGUGAGGAAGGAAGCUGCCGAGCCUUCCCCAGUCACAACGUCAGCGAUACGCUCACCACCCCCAACGAUGAAAGAACAAGGCGCUACUAUGAUGGCUGUCGCCGAUAAAUUCCAGGAUACCGAGCCAGUGGAAGACGACGGAGACGAUGAUUCAAGUUUCGAAGAGGUUCAGAAGCCAACAGAGAGGAUCUCAGCCGCUAAACCCGCUGGCCUAGAACCCAAGAGACAGGACUCGGUUCCAGCUUCUAGCAAGCUCUCGGACGAUGUGAAAGCGCCUGAUACGAAGGCCGUCCCCACUCCAACAACCGCUGAACCUGUAGUCAAGUCUCCAAGUCCCGUCGCUGACGAGGUCGGAGCCGAGGACGACGGUGAUGAGAUCAAGAACAUCAAAGCCAUGAUGGCCCAACAAUCACGGCAGAUCAAUAGCUUGACGGAAACAAUAUCUGAGCUUGUAGCCGAAGUGAAAGCGCUCAAGGGAUUAUAG